UUGCCGUAGUUGUCUUGUCUACGUUGGCAACAUGGCGGCGUCAGAUGUGCACGUCCGAAUAUGUGAACAAGAAAUACUCAAAUAUGACCUGGAAAUCAAGGCUCUUGUGCAGGACAUUACUGGCUGUAAUGGACCCCACAGCAGACUGACAGAACUUAAUACAGAUGUCAAAAAGAGUUUCCACAAUCUCAGGUUACGCAUUCAGGACCUUGAGCAGAUCGCAAUGGAGCAGGAUAAAGAGUCGGACAAACAGGCCAUGCUGGCUCAGGUCGAGUGCCACAGAAAACAGAUGCUGAGUAACCAGACAGCUUGGAGGAAAGCCAACCUCGCCAGCAAACUGUCUAUUGACAAUAUGGAAAAGCAGUCUCUACUUAACGGGGGAGAUAGUGCUGUGAGGCAGAGGAAAUUGACCAAAGAAGGCCUGGCCCAGACGACGAGCAGCAUCACAGAAAAUCUCACGAGUAUAAGCCGCAUGAUGGCACAGCAAGUUCAACAAAGUGAAGAGACCGUGACGACUUUAGCAACGUCUUCAAAGACAGUCCAGGAGACGAAUGAGGAGUUUAAGACCAUGACCGGGACCAUUCAGUUGGGCAGGAAACUCAUCACGAAGUACAACCGCCGAGAGCUCACUGACAAAUUGCUCAUUUUUUUGGCUCUGGCCCUUUUUCUGGCUACAGUGCUCUACAUCCUCAAGAAGCGGCUGUUCCCUUUCAUUUAGAGCAGGUACUCACAGGAGACACACGUCUGUUCUGAGCGACUGAACACUGGUGACAUAAUGUACAUUUAUUUAAUCUGCUGAAUUUAUUCAAACAUUUUAAUCAUUGAUAAUCUAAAAUUUGAGAAUGCUGUGACUGAUUGCCUCCUGUUAUAGUGAUGCUGAGCAUUACAGAAUGAUAUCAUUUGAUGUAAUAGAAGUCGGACCACUAAUUUUAAUAUUUUGUUGAAAAUGUAGAUCAUUUAUUUAUUGAAUAUGUUUAAAACUGUAUUAUACAGCAGUCGUUCAUUUGCUAAUUAUAUUAUGACAAGACCAUAUCAGCCUUUACACAAACUAAUGUAUUUUAUGAAGGAAACUCAUGGUAUUGAAUUUUUUUUCUUAAGUAUUUUUUUUAAGUAUUUGAAAAAAUAUAUUUACUUCACCAGUAUGUGCCCAUGGAGAGCCAUUGUUUUGCUGAACAAACAGGGCAGUUUGCCUCAUUGGUUUGGUCUCCACUCUGCUGCAGAAAAACUUAUAAAAGCAGUGGCCCUGGUCGCCCUGGCACAGAUAGAGCCACAUGCAUCCCUGUCUUUCUUCAGAUAAGACCCGGAAAAGCAGAUUAUUCCAACCGGCUUCCCGCCUCCUGCUCCGUGGCAGUGAGAGGAUAUUUUUAGUUUGUAUGGCUUUGUUAUCUGGCGUUGCCUUUUCAACACCUCAGAGGAGAGGGUGGCCAGAGGAGCUACAUGACCUUGCUCUUCACAUGACAAUUGCCUGGUAUUGCCAUUAUUUGAAAAUAUCCAUUAUUAAACCCAGGUUUGUGCUGUAUUUAUCUUCAAUAAAAAUGAGAUUUUGUGGCACAAUCUCUGA